AUGACAGACAACCCUGAUAUAUGCAGUAUUUGCGAUCGACGUCACAUUACUACGUCAUCAUCUGUCUGGUGUUAUGAAUGUGAACAAAGUCUAUUCAGUGAGUGUCAAGAUGUCCAUACCUAUUCAAGGUCAUCUGAGAGUCACGAUACAAUUCCAAUAUCCAGUUAUAUUUCACUGAAGCCAUCUGUUACAGUCGUGUCCACCUAUUGCACAGAACACAAUGAAAGAUUCCAGCUUUUUUGCCAAACACACGACGAACUUAUCUGUCUCACAUGUCUUAAAAGACAUUCCGAAUGUAAAGAUAUGGUUACUUUAAAGGAGAUGAUAAAAGAUAUCAAAACGUCAGAGUCAUUCCGUGAAACAAUAAGAGGAACAGAAGACGCGGAGCAUAAUUUUGAGCAAAUUGAUUGUGUGUUACAAGAAAAUUUAGAAAGUCUGAGAGAACAAAAAAAAACUGUUCUCCAAAAUAUUGCCAAUAUUCGAAUAGAAGUAAAUAAACGUCUGGAUGAUAUGCAACAAACCCUGACAAAAGAAUUUUCUAAUUCUAUAGAACAAGAAAGUAGUAAAAUCAAAGUUAAAAUGAAAAAGGUGGAGGAAAAUAAACUUAGAGUAAAAGAAGCACGAACAGUUUUGGAACAAUUAAUCAAAAAUGCAUCUGAUCUACAAACCUUUUAUAGCAUGAGACAAAUAACAAGUGAUAUUAUCAAUAUGGAAUCAUAUAUGCAAUCCAUUGUGGAAGAUGACAGCUUAGAUAAACUCAAAUUUGAUUUUACAGUUGACGAGAAAAUCAACAUGCGCAGUAUCUUAAGAAUCGAUCCAACACCAGUUCCUGCUUUUGGUUGUAUCCAGGUACUUAAAAGUCGAAGUAAAAUUUCUCUGGUUAGACAUAAAGACAUACAAGCUCAACUCGUUGGUAAACCAAGCAAUGCGUCUGCCAAUGAUAAAAAAUUUUUGAAAGUAAAACAAAUUUGUGAUUUUGAAAUCGAUGGCAAAUUUCUGUCAGGGUGUUGUAUGUUGAAGGGAGGGAAAUGGGUGUUCAGCAGUUACGAGAAAGACAAGGUUAUCAUAACUGAUUCGUGCGGAAAUUUUUUAUUCCGCGUCUGUAUGAAACCAGCUGAGAUUUCCGAUGUAGCUUAUAUCGAUGAUUCAAAUGUAGCUGUUAGCUCUUGUUCCAAGAACAAUCCGCAAAUUUGUUUAGUAGACAUAACAGAGAGGAAAACAACAAGUUAUAUUCCAUUAAGCGGGAGAUGUUUUGGGAUAUCCUAUCGAAGUGGGUCCCUGUUUGUAUGCGUUGAAGGAUUGGGAAUUCAAAAGGUUAACUUAGAGUAUCGAAAUGUUGAAACAGUUGUCAAGUGCAAACUGCCUCCGUGGUCAUAUGUAGCGUUGACCGACAACCACCUGUACUAUACAAAUACUACUUUGCACACCGUCACUUGCUCUAGUAUGGUCGGCAAGAUAGUAUGGGAAUAUCAGAAUGAAAUGUUGAAAGAACCGAGGGGUUUGGCUCUUGACGAUAGAGGAUACAUUUACAUUGCUGGAAACACAUCGUCAAAUGUUAUACUUUUGUGUUCGAAUGGACAAAAAUGUCAGCAGCUGCUCUCGAAGGAUAACGGAAUCCGAAAUCCAAGGGCACUAUAUUAUGAUAUACCUCAUAAUCAACUUUUUGUAGCUACGAAAGAAGGAAAGGUUCACAUAUUUGAGGUAUCAGAAUGA